UGGGGUCGCCUUCUCUUAACGGUAGCUAGUGGCUCUGUCGCAAUGUGACCUGCACUAGCCGUGAGAGUCAUAGGAAGGACUCAGGGGAUCCGGGAGACCGCGAAAUGCCCCAGCAGAUAGUUGCAUGUCACAGCCGCACAUCCCUCUAGCUGCUGCACAGGGGACGUGGCCCCAGCAUGGCCGGAGAAGCGGUGCAUCGGAUUCACUGGCCAUUGAGGAUGUGGCUGUGAACUUCACCCUGGAGGAGUGGGCUUUACUGGAUCCUUCACAGAAGAAACUCUACAGAGACGUGAUGUCGGAAACCUUCAGGAACCUGGCCUCAAUAGUGUCCAGUACUUUGGAAUCAACUUUCUGGGUCUGCAUUUCAGGAAAAACAUGGGAAGAUCAUGAUACUGAAGAUCAGUACAAAAACCAGGGGAGAAGACUAAGAGGUCAUAUGGAAUUGAGACUUUGUGAAAGUGAAGAGGGUAGUCGAUGUGGAGAAAACUUCAGCUUUAUUCCAAAUUUCAAUAUGAACAAGAAAACUACCAGAGCAAAACCAUGUAAAUGCAGUGCAUGUGGAAAAGUCUUCAUGCACCAUUCAUCCCUUAAUAGACAUAUUAGAUGUCACACUGAACAGAAACCAUUUCACUAUCAAAAAUAUGGAGAGAAGCCAUAUAAAUGUAAAGAAUGUGGGAAAGCCUUCCCUUUUCCCAGUUUUCUUCGAAUACAUGAAAGAACUCAUACUGGAGAGAAACCUUAUGAAUGUAAAAAAUGCAGUAAAACAUUCACUUCUUCCAGGUAUCUUCGAAUACAUGAAAGAAUUCAUACUGGAGAGAAACCCUAUGAAUGUAAAAAAUGCAGUAAAGCAUUUGCUUUUUCCAGUUCUCUUCGAGUACAUGAAAGAAUUCAUACUGGAGAGAAACCCUAUGAAUGUAAGCAAUGUGGGAAAACCUUUACCGCUCACUCGAGUCUUCGAUCACACAUGAUCUUUCACACUGGAGAUGGACCUUAUAAAUGUAAGGAAUGUAAGAAAGUAUUCAUUUCUCCCAGUGCAUUUAGAAUUCAUGAAAGGUGUCACACUGGAGAGAAACCCUAUGAAUGUAAAAAUUGUGAUAAAUCAUUCAGUCAUCCCCGUACUCUUCAAAUGCAUGAAAGACGUCACACUGGAAAGAAACCCUAUAAAUGUAAGGAAUGUGGGAAAGCCUUUAUUGCUCUCACAACCUUUCGAGUACACAUGAUCAUUCACACUGGAGAUGGACCUUAUAAAUGUAAGGAAUGUGGAAAAGUUUUCAUUCAUCCCAGUUCAUUUCAAAUACAUGAAAGGAGUCACACUGGUGAGAAACCUUAUGAAUGUAAAGAAUGCGGGAAAGCCUUUAGUUUGCACACUAACUUAAAAAAACACAAAAGAACUCACAAAGGAGGGACAUCCUUUGUAUGUAAGGAAUGUGGUAAGGCUUUUAUUUCUUUUUGUCUUUUCCAAAUACAUGAAAGAAAUCACACUAGAGAGAAAUUCUAUGAAUGUAAAAAGUGCAAUAAAGCACUCACUUCUUCCACUUCUCUUCGAAGACAUGAAAGAAAUCACACUAGAGAGAAACCCUAUGAAUGUAAAAAGUGCAGUAAAGCGUUCUGUUAUCCCAGUUCUCUUCAAGUACAUGAAAGAACUCAUACUGGAGAGAAACCCUAUGAAUGUAAGGAAUGUGGGAAAGCGUUUAUAACUCCCUCAAGCCUUCGAUCACACAUGGUCUUUCACACUGGAGAUGGACCUUACAAAUGUAAGGCAUGUGAGAAAGCAUUUAUUUCUCCCAGUGCAUUUCAAGUACAUGAAAGAAGUCACACUGGAGAGAAACCAUAUGAAUGUAAAGAAUGCAGUAAAGCAUUCAGUUGUACCAGGUCUCUUCGAGUACAUGAAAGAAUUCAUACAGGAGAGAAACCCUAUGUAUGUAAAAAAUGCAGUAAAGCAUUCACUUCUUCCAGUUCUCUUCGAGUUCAUGAAAGAAUUCAUACCGGAGAGAAACCCUAUGAAUGUAAGGAAUGUGGGAAAGCCUUUAGAGAUCCCUCAAGCCUUCGAUCACACAUGAUGAUUCACACUGGAGAUAGACCUUAUAAAUGUAAGGAAUGUGAGAGAGCAUUCAUGUAUCCCAGAUUACUUCGAAGGCAUGAAAGAAGUCAUGCAGGAGUGAAACCCUAUAAAUGUACAGAAUGUGGGAAAGCCUUCAGUUCUCAUCAGAGUUUCCAAAUACAUAAAAGAAAUCACACUGGAGAGAAAAAGUAUGAGUGUGAAAAAUGUAGUAAAAUAUUUAGUUUUCCAAGUUCUCUUCGAAGACAUGAAAGAACUCACACUGCAGAGAAACCCUAUGAAUGUCAAGAAAGUGGAAAAGCUUUUAUUUCUCCUGAAAACUUUUGAGGAUAUGCAAGAUGGCACAUUAGAGGAAAAACCAUCUAGAUGUAGGGAACGUGGGAAAGCUUUUUGUCAUCCCAGUUCUUUCAGAAGGCAUAAAAGGAACCACUUGAUAAGAACCUCUUGAACUCAAUCAACAUGGGAAAGACUUCAAAUGCCCUAUAUCAUCUUUUUUUUUUUUUUGUGAGGAAGAUCAGCUCUGAGGUAACAUCCAUGCUAAUCCUCCUCUUUUUGCUGAGGAAGACCGGCUCUGAGCUAACAUCUAUUGCCAAUCCGCCUCCUUUUUUUCCCCAAAGCCCCAGUAGAUAGUUGUAUGUCAUAGUUGCACAUCCUUCUAGUUGCUGUAUGUGGGACACAGCCGCAGCAUGGCCGGAGAAGCGGUGCGUCGGUGCGCGCCCGGGAUCCAAACCCAGACCACCAGUAGUGGAGCGCGCGCACUUAACUGCUAAGCCAUGGGGCCAGCCGCCUAUAUCAUCAUUAAAUGCAAAACUCCCACCAAAAAGAAAUAUAAGUGCAAGUCAUAUGAGAAAACUUGAUGGUAAUUUAC